AUGUAUUACUCACAUUUCCUGGCCUUGCUGGGCCUGUUAUCAGCAGCCUCGGCCAUCAUCACGGACGGCACGUGGGAAGAGCUGGCCGAGAUCCCGCUGUACCCACGCCAGGAGGACACCGGGGUGGUGCUCAACGAGACGACCUUUGCCAUCCUCGGCGGGGUGAUCCCGUACUCGCCGCAGAACCUGACGGUGGGCAACACGACGAGCAUCAUGCAGUUCUACGACGUGCCGUCCAACACGUGGACGCGGGGCCCGGACAUCCCGCUGCCGCGGAACCACGUCAACGCGGUGGGGUACAAGAACCGGGCAUACAUCGUCGGGGCGCUGCAGGCGCUCAACAGCAGCUACUGGGCGGGCGACGGGGCCUCGUACGAGUGGGACCCGGACACCAACUCGUGGUCGAACCUGACCAGCCUGCCCGCGGGCACGGAGCGCGGGGCGGCGCUGACGGUGGCGUACGAGGAUGUCAUCUACAUCGUGGGUGGCGUGGUGUCGCUGAUCCCGGGCCCGGGCAACCCGCACCACACGGUGGCCAACGUGUCGGCGUUCAACCUGACGACGCGUUCGUGGGUCGACCUCCCCGCGGCGGCGGCGAACCUGCCGGAGCCGCGGGACCACGCGACGGGCGGGAUCGCGGGCGGGCGGCUAUGGCUGGCGGGCGGGCGCAUCAACGGGCAGGUCAACAUGCGCGGGACGGUGUACUCGCUGGACCUGGCGGACCUCGAGGCCGGGUGGACGACGCACCCGAGCGACAUGCCGACGCCGCGGGGCGGGGCCAUGUUCGCCAUGGUCGACGGGCUGCUGUGGACGCUGGGCGGCGAGAGGAACGUCAGCAGCGCGACGGGCAUCUUCGACCAGGUCGAGGUGUUCAACACCACCGACGAGACGUGGACCAGGCUGUCGCCCAUGAAGGUGCCGCGCCACGGCUUCAUCCCCGCCUACAUCAACGGCUCCCUCUACCUGCCCGGCGGUGCCACCCACCAGGGCGAGUACCCGACCACCUACCACGACAAGUACAUCCUGCCAUCCCUGUAG